AUGCCAGUCCAAAGGUUUAUGAGGGGACUUAAGCCAAUGAUUGCUAGAGAUGUCAAGAUGACCUAUGCUGAGGUGGUUAGUUAUGCUGAGGUGUUGGAUAAGGCACUUGAAGCAAAAUACUUGGAGGACUGUACACGGAAGGAAAAUGUUGCAAGAAGGGAGGCCAACAGAAAGAAGGGCUUCCGUGAGGGCAAUAAAAGGAAUACCCAUGAAGGGCAGAGUAGUGACAAUGACAAGAGGCCUAGAACCCAAGCCACAAGUAGAAACAAUCAAAAAAAUCAUAACCACCACAACAACCGUAACAGUCACAAUAAUGAUCAUAACUGCAGAAAGCACCAGAACAAAAAGUUUGAGCACCCCAGCUUCCCUAAAUGCUUGCAACAACACUUGGGAGAAUGCCAGGCCAACACCAAGAAAUGUUACAAGUGCGGUCAACCAGGCCAUUUCAAGAAGGAUUGCCCAAACUGGAAAGCGGGCCAGGGUAGUAAUAGCAACCUAGUGCUAGUGAGGGCUUUUGCAUUGACCCUAAAGGAAGAAGCCAACAGUAAAAUUGUGGUCACAUGUCAGCUCCAAAUUUCUUGUAUGAUAUGUAGAGUCCUUAUUGAUUGUGGAGCGAGUCAUUCUUGUGUUGCUAUGAAUGUGAUUGAUAAACUGGGACACAUUAUAUCAUCAACUAUGUGGUUACAGUCAGCAUCUAUAAUAGUAGAGGGCAGAGAGUGCCUGGCAGACCUCAUAGAGUUAUUCAUACCAGACUAUGACACCAUACUUGGUAUGGAUUGGUUAUCCAAAUAUGGAGAGACGAUAGACUGUCGGAAAAGGAACAUGGAGUUCAGAACUGAGGAAGAAAAACUCUUUUCUUUUAAGGGAGAAGUGGCGGGUUUUUUUACACCCAUUAUAUCGGCACUAGAAGCUCGAAAUAUGAUGCAACAUGGGUGCUCAAUAUUUUUUUCCAUUGUGGUGGAUAAAUCUAAGGAGACAGAGUUGAUACCAGAAAAUGUCCACAUCGUUUGUGAGUUUCCAAAAGUGUUUCCCAAGGAUUUACCAGGCAAGGCCAAUGUGGUGGUUGAUGCAUGGAGUAGGCAAGGACAUGGGAGUGUCUCAGCUCUAAGCACGAUAGAGAUGCCUCUGCAAAAAGAGAUUAUAAACGUAGGUAUUGAGUUUGUGACAGGAGGCCUAUCAAACCUCACUCUACAAUCCUCCCUAUUGGAACAGAUUAGAGAAGGGCAGAAAGUGGAUGAGGCCUUAAUGAAGCAAGAGGCUUUGGUAUAG